AAAAUAGUGAACUGAUAAACAUUUGUUUAAUGUUUUUAACAACGAUUAUGCAUAAUUGCAAUAAUGAUAGUUUAGAAAAAGUUCUUCAAUUAGUUAGUAAAUUGAGAUCUGUAAAUUUGUCACAAGAAAUGAAACUUUUGAUCAAUGAGAUACACAAUAGUAUAUCAAGGAAGUUAAAUAAUGUACCACUUGAUACUCAUUUUAGUUCCGAUGAUUCUGACUCUAGAUAUCAUAAGGCUAUUAAUGAUGUUUGUGAUGCCUUACUUCCGGUGAGAGCACAUGGAAUUCUGGAAUUGGGAAAAUUAAUUCACGAGAAUGAUAAUGAAGCAAUUGCAAAGAAGCAUGCUAUUUUGUGUAUUUUGCAGGAAAACCUCAAAAAUGAAGAUUCAUAUAUAUAUUUAGCUGUAAUAAAAUCAUUAACAGAAGUUUCCAAAGUAUGUCCAGAAGAUGUAAUUGAAUUGCUGACACAAGAAUAUUUAAAUAAUCGACAUGAUAAAUUUCAGAAGGAUGGAAAAGAAGAGCUAAGAUUAAAAGUUGGUGAAGCAUUAGUAAAAUUAAUAUUUAAUGCAGAAAAAUCAAUUGUCCAAAAGUAUAAAACAGUAUUUCUUAAUACUUUUCUGAGUGGCACACAUGAUGAGGAUUUUUUGGUUCGAUCAUCAGCAUUUUCAAAUCUCGGCGAGCUUUGUAAUAAAUUAGGGAGUUCUAUGGGAACUGAAAUAAUUUCAGAGAUAUUAAACAAGGUUGAACACUGUAUAGUCAAUGAAAAAUCACCAGAGGUCAAAAGAUCUUCAAUACUACUUUGUACACAAUUACUUCGAGGUUUACAAAUGAAUGAAAACGAAUCAGAAAAGAAAUUAAGUUUGCUUGUUUUGAGACCUGCUCUCACUCCCUUAUUAAGGUCUUUGAGGAUAUCAUAUGAAAACAAUGAGGAUGAAACUUUAAAGCUACAUGCUCAACUAGCAAUAGAGGAAUUGGAAAAUAUGAUAAAAGAUUUCUUUAAACUGCUUUAGA